ACGACAUUCAGGAAGUGUGUGCAGUAAAGGAAGCUGCGGCAAAAAUGGCAGCGCACAGGUGCGGUUUGUCUUUAGUAUGCAUUUUAUUUUUUUCUAGUUUAGCUCACCCCAGUAAUUGUGACACGCUAGAAAAAGCAAACCAUAAUAGAGCAGAAAAACUGAGCAUUUCAGAGGUUAAUACUGAUGGCGGUGUCGCUGGAGAGGAUCUGAAUGAAAGUCAAUGGCUGUCGACGGAUGUUGAGGUGGACGGAAGCGACGGCUCCAAAAACAGCGAGACUUUAAGACCAGCACCAGCGAAAGAUCAGUUUCAGGAGGAGCUGGUCAUCCGGCCCCUGCACUCCGGAGACAUUUAUGCCAGCUUCCAGUUCCGCACACUGUGGGACACUGACUUCCUGCGAGAGGGACAGAAGGUUUCUCAUUACCGGCUGUUCCCCAAAUCCCUCGGUCAAGUGCUGUCCAAGUUCUCGGUGCGAGAGCUGCACAUCUCGUUCACGCAGGGCUUCUGGAGGACCAUGCAGUGGGGGCAGCCCUUCAUCCCCUCUCCCCCUGGAGCAGAGCUGUGGGUGUGGUUCCACGACACCGUGAGCGAUGUGGAUGGAAACUGGAAGGAACUUACCAACGUCCUGUCUGGGAUCUUCUGUGCAUCUCUGAACUUCAUUGACCUGACCAACACUGUACAGCCCAGUGCUUCUUUCAAACCGCUGGGUCUGGGGAAUGCUACAGAUCACCGUUUUUUACGUUACGCCACAUUACCACGUGAAAUCGUCUGCACUGAGAAUCUCACACCCUGGAAGAAGCUUCUCCCUUGUGGUUCUAAGGCAGGUCUGGCGGUUCUCCUGAAGUCAGAGAAGCUGUUUCACAGCAGUUUCCACUCCCAGGCUGUUCACAUCAGACCCGUCUGUCAGGAUGAGCGAUGCACAAGUAAAGCGUGGGAGCUGAGACAAACUCUCAAUGUUGUGUUUGAUCUCUAUACUUCAGGCCAAGGCAAAAAGGAAUGGUCCCUGUUUAAGAUGUUUUCUCGAACCCUGACAGAGGCUUGUCCUCUUGCUUCAUCUAGUAAAGUCUAUGUGGACAUCACAGACAACCCUGAGGGGGAGCUGUUUGAGUUGAGUCCUGCGACUCCUCUGCUCAGCCAAGCUGUGGUGCUGGGGGAUCGCAGGACAUACUCCGUGUUUGACCUGAGCAGAGCGGAGACGUUUGGCCAGUUACGUUCACUCAAUCUCCUUCUGCGCUGGAAAGGAGACAGUGGCGAUAUGCUGCGUCCUCUGCUGCAUGCAGAGCGCUACGUGGCUGGUUUUGGGCUGCAGACAGGGGAAAUCCACACUGUCAUCUAUAAUAACCACCCAUAUCGAGCUUUUCCUGUGCUGCUGAUGGAUUCAGUGCCCUGGUACCUGCAGCUGUACAUUCACACCCUGACAGUCACCAGCAAAUCUCGUGAUAACAAGCCUAGUUACAUUCAGUACCAGCCUGCUAAAGACCGCCAUCGUCCUCAUCUGCUGGAGAUGCUGAUCCAGUUACCCCCUCACUCCAUGACCGAGGUCACUGUACAGUUUGAAAGGGCCCUGCUCAAAUGGACUGAGUACACACCUGAUCCCAACCACGGCUUCUAUGUUGGGUCCUCUGUCGUCAGUGCCCUUGUGCCAAGUAUGGUUGCAAUGAGCACCAACUUCACACAAGAUCAACCGUUGUUCAGCAGUUUUGUCCCAGUCAAAGAAGAAUCAAGCUACUUUGUGCGAGUGUACACUGAACCACUGCUGGUAAAUCUACCCACGCCUGACUUCAGCAUGCCCUACAAUGUCAUCUGCCUCACCUGCACGGUGGUCGCGGUGGGCUACGGCUCCUUCUACAACUUGCUGACCCGCACCUUCCAGGUGGAUGAACCGAGUCCACCGCUGUCGAAACGAUUGGCCAACCUCAUCCGUCGCAUGAGGGGAGUGCCACUGCUGGCCUAAACUACUGAGAGCAUAAAUGUCCAUAUGAGGAAGCGGAGAGAAUUGUAAUGCUUAAACGGCAGCUGCUGAAGUUUUAAGAUGCUUGUCAGCCCUGGAUGGACUCGAUGCCAAGUAAAUGCUCUGAACUUCUGUUGAACAAAUGACCUGCCAAAAUGGAUUAUCCUCCUUUUAAGGCUUUCUUUUGUGAGUCACACAAGCAAAGAUUUGUCACCUUUGUGUUGUUUUUGUCACACAUGCAAAGAUAAGCCACUUUUUUUGUUGUUGUUUUAUUUUGUUUUUUGUUUUGUGAGUAACAUAUGCAAAAGAUUAAACACCAUUUUGUUUUUAUUUUUGUUUUGAGUGCUUUCUGAGUCACUGUUUUGUUUUGUUUUAUCUUGUUUUUUGUUUUGUUUUGUGAGUAACAUAUGCAAAAGAUUAACCACCGUUUUGUUUUUAUUUUUGUUUUGAGUGCUUUCUGAGUCAGUUUUGUUUUGUGUUUUAUCUUGUUUUUUUUGUUUUGUUUUUUUGUCACAUAAGCAAAGACAUUUUUGCAGUAUUGUUUUUAAAAAACGAUAGCUCGCUGUCACAUGAACAUUUUUCAAAGGAUCUACAUGGUUCGGGCAUCUGGGAGAAAUAUACAUGCAUGAUGUUAAGUCGUUUCAGUCUACUCCACCCUUUUGAGAGCGUGACCAAGCUUCAGAAACACUGACACUACAAUCCAAAUAAUGAAAAUGGAUGUCUUAAGAAUGUGGCAAAUAUUUUCCAUAUUCUGUUAUGCACUGAUAUUUAAAUGUGUUGUUUUGAAAGAUUGGACUGCUUUUAUUGUUUUUUCUUUAUUUUUUGCAUUUGCCUCACCACAUAAUGGCCUCCAGAUUGGGUGUUACCUUUAACAAUGGUUAACUUUCCCAUAAUAAAACGACUGGAAACGUUUUAAGAACA